AUGCUCAAGAGCAUUGAACAGUCCUUUACGCCGACCCUUGGUGAGCAAGCAGCCUUUGACCAGAAGUUGUUGCAAGCGACAAUUAAGUUGAAGAACCUCACCUUGGAGGACAACUUCCAGGCGCAAUCGUCUUCACCGAGCAGCCCGAAAGCAGUGGGCCAUUUCAACAACGCCGUUUAUCCAUGCAAGCGCGGCAAAGACUUCGAUGACCUCCAGUCAUGCGGCGUAAAAAAGAUUAAGAGUGCGGACGAAGUGGAGAUUGAAGAAGUUGACGGAGAAGAAGAAGAGAUCUUUUACGACGCGAUGGACAUUGAUUGGGGUGAAGUUCGCGUGAUGGAAGUAAAGGAGAAGAUGCUCAAGGAAGAAGCGAAGAAUGCAAUGGAAGUCGACGAGGUGGUAGAACCACUGGCCACAGUGAGCCACGAGAUGCCGAUGCCGGCUAUGCAAGUUUCCAAUGCCAUGUUUGUUGACAAAGAUGUGGAAGAAGAACCGGUGGCCAUUAAGAAGCAAUGCUUUGGCGAUAUUGAUGAACGUGCCGCAUUCGAAGAAGAAGAAGAGGAGGUUGACCGUGAAGAAGGAUUCGUUGAAGAUCGUGCGGUGGAGGCCGAGGAAGAAAAGCAAGAAGAACCCGAGGUAGAUCGCAAUACAAAAGAGUCCGGUGUUGAAAGCACUGGCGGCCAGGAAGGAGGUCAUCUCGCAAAAGAUGAUCGCGUGGAUGAAGAGAAGAUUGAAGAACGACCGGUUGGAGAAGCUGAGGACGCAUAUGCAGCAUUCCUCAAAGAAGGCCCGCAAAAUGCAGCCACGGCGUUCGCAAUGUUGGCGGAGAUGGCAUCCGACGAGGAGGAAGAGGAGGUCGACGAUGCCUUCAUCUUUGAAUGA